GACCAGCGUCCCAGAUUACCGGUUAGGCCUCCUGCAUGACGAAAAAUUCUACCUGAGAUUGCCUCCGAGCUGCAGACGCCAGCCCUAUAAAGCCAAUCUCGCUUGCCGCCAUAUCCCGCCUUCCAUCCCAAGUACCCUGGGCUUUGCUUUCCUUACACUUCGUUCUUUCGCUGGACGCACUCUCUCUUUCUGCGCCGAUUUAUUCGUUCAUCCUACCACACUCUAUCACCCCAAUGGCCACUCGCGUGCAGAAAGUCGACCCGUCCAAGACAUCGUCCAGCAAAAUUAACCCAGAGCAGCUCAUGGCGCUCCCCAGCCUCACGCACGCCCUCUCAUCACUACCGCAGGCCAAGAGCCUCGAUGGCGUGCCAAUACACCGCUCGACAUACCCGUCCAUGUCCGCCCAGCACGCAGCCGAGAGCGAGGCAAAGCUGAAAAAAGCGCUGUCCAAGACGGCGGCCUCGCAGUCCCAAAACGUCGCGAGCAAGAAUGGCUACGCCUUUUCGCAUUCGCCAGAUCGCGACCAAGGUUUAAUGAUGCGGAAACCGCUGCGAACAAAUUUACAAGUCUGACUACGCCCCGGGUCUCCUUUCUCCUCCGGUUCUCGCGCACAUAGAUCUCGCCCGCUGUCUCUUUGUUUAUUCGUUUGUGGGACUUUGGAGACCAUGGCCGGCGCGUCAAUGGCUCAUUCACAAAAUGUAUUUCUCUCCUGCAUUUUCUCCCUGCCCUCCCCCUCCCCCUCAUCACUACUAGACUUCAUCGCUAUACUCUAUCAUCGCUUUCUUGCUUGUCCCUGCAUCGUCUCCUACACGCAUGGCCCCGUACUACGUCUUUUACUACCGCACGCAUUAUUACUCUGUCGACUACAGCGCCGCCGUCUCCAUAGAGUUGUCCCACAACAACACCAACAAUACACAUCCG